AUGGCCCGUUUCAGCUUGUCCUUCCUUGCUCUCUGCUUCUUCCUGGCCCUCAUGGCCUCCGCCUUGCCCGCCAAGCGUGACGACGGCGACUUGAACCCCUCUGAUGCCGUUGCGGCCGCUUUCGAUGCUCUCAAGGCCUUUGACAAUCUGGAUCAGAAGCAGAAGGACACCGCUGAUAAGACCUCGGCUGCUCAUGGGGCCAACAUGAAUGAGGGAACCACCACGCCCCAGCCCAUCCCUUCAGGCACUCGCACCACAGUGCAGACGCCGGCCGCUGCCAGCAGCUCUGGUGCCGCUGCUCCGAAGAAGUCGACCAGCUCGGACAACAUGCUCUCGCACAUUCCAAUUUUGGGAGGUGUUUUGGGAGGUGGUGCGGGUCUGGGCAGCCUCCUGCCAACUCGGUGA